UAUUCCAAGCAAUAAUCAGAUUACAUAAACUAAUCCUGCAAAAAAUAUCAUCUCAACCAUGGUUAGAAUAACAAAUUGGAUGGUCUAAGAUUUAGAACAUAGCUAUUGUCAUUGUCGGCGUGCUUUUCAUCGUAGUUAGUUUCUUUAAUUAAUACUUUACAUUCAGAUACAACUCUGCAGGAAGAAAUAUUUUUGUUCAUUUUGGCCCAGUCUUCCUUUCAAACUUGCCUCCAUUUCUUCCUUCAAAUAUUUCCCGUUUCAUAAUCUUCCUAGUAGUCAACCUUCAGUUUCUUUAAUACUCUCUUUUUUAUUAGAGAUUUUCUCAAACUGCAUCCUUUUUCUUCCAUGUAUUUAUUUGUUGCCUAAAAACUAUCAGGUUUUGCAGCAACACAGGUUUGUUUGUUUUUGUUCUGCAAUAGUCCUGUGCACAUCUUUGUCUUCAUCUUCCUCAGUUAUUCAAGUUGCAGUCUUUUUUUCCAUGUUCAUAAGAUCAGUGUAGAAAACAGCUACUACGAUGGGGACAAACACAGAAGAAAAGAUUGUUUCAAAUGCAGGAAACAAGGUCAUGAUGGAAGGUCAACAGAAGAAAUCCCUUUUUGCAUCCAUUGCAAAACCCCCAAUAGAUAGCGGCAGAUCAAGCAGUAUGGUUGUGAAGAAAGCACAUACAGUGAUUCCUGCACAUAUUGUAGCAGAAGCCAUAUCAACAAUACGUGGUCUUGAUCUCAGAUGGUCAGGUCCUAUAACACCAUCAGAAAUGCAAUAUGUGGAGCAGUAUGUCUUGGCAAAGUACCCUCAAUAUGCUGGUCUUGUAGUUGGAGAAAAGAUAGAUCUCUCUACUCUUUGCAUCAAUGAAGAGGCUUCAGAAGCUCCACCUGAUGACAAGCGAAAAUCACCUAGGAAUAGCUUUCGAGAGGUCUCUUCACCGUCCCUUGGAAGCAAUCUCCCUGAUUUAGAUAGAACCCAAUUAGAGCCAUCGAGGCUUCUUGAUAUCCUCACCAAGAAAUCAUCUUUUCCAGGGAGUUUCAUCUCCAUACCCGAAAUCCAAGCGCAGAACAAAGUUUUGAAGCACUGUGGAUUACCUGAUGAUGAGUAUCUUGUUCUUUUCACUCCAAACUACAAGGACGCAAUGAUGUUAGUAGGUGAGAGCUACCCUUUCUUUAGAGGAAACUUUUAUAUGACCAUAAUUGCAGAAGAAAUGGAUUACAUCAGGGAAUUUGCCACCUAUAAGGAAGCAAAAGUGAUAUUGGCACCAGAGACUUGGUUGGAUUUGAGGAUCAAAGGAUCACAGCUUAGCCAGUAUUUCAGGAGGAAAUGCAAGCACAGCCCAAAAGGGCUAUUCUGUUAUCCAGCUGAUGUUAAUGGGACUCGUUAUUCAAUGCAUUGGGUAUCAGAAGCACAUAGGAACUCAUGGCAUGUUCUGCUAGAUGCGACUGGGCUACUCGUGGGGAAGGAUCGGAUGAACCUCGCACUCCAUAGUCCAGAUUUUGUGCUGUGCAGUCCUGACAAUACAGAAGCUACUCGUUCAAACAUUACUUGUCUGCUUGUUAGAAAGAAAUCUUUUGAUAGUUCGACACCUUCAAAUUAGUCUAAUGGGUAAUAAAGAUUUGAUUUUUCAUGUGAAUAUUGAAUAUGCGUGUAGAUUGGUUAUACAUUUCUACACCUUAGAAUUAUAAAACCAGUAAUUGAAUUUUGGUUAAUUAUAACCUUAUA